AGCUGCCUCACAUGGUCCAUAGCAAGGCUGCAUGGACUUAGGGCGGGGCUGCCAUGAACAAUCGGGCCAUUAGUCUUCCAGACCUGGCUGCCGAGAAGAAAAGGAACACCGCGGCAUCCCUCUCUGAAGGGUUUGCUGGUUCGCACCACAAAGGUGCCCUGGCAACCAAUGUGCCAUGGCCAGGCCGCCCUGGACUGUCCAAACGGGCGUAUGAUGGCAGCAAGGAGGCAUGGCCCAACUCGUUGGGCAGAGUGCUGCCUUUGUAUUAUAGGUGUCGGCAGCUGAUUCUUACCACGGAGAAACGUGGCCGCCGAGUGCCUCAGAAGCUGCACACAGAUGCCCGUGCAUUAGAAAAGGUUGUUGCCAAAGAGAUUCGCAACAUCCAUCCUUUGCUUUUCCAGCGUAUGGACGAUCGCCAAUUGGACAGGUUUCUGCGUACCAUGACCUUCCUGAGGCUUUCUAUAGGCCGGUGGAUCUUCGGCAGUGAAGUUCUGAAAGCUGAAUGGCCUCGGACAGAGCAGAUGAGAUGCUUCAUGUUGUUGACCGGUAGGGUAAAUAUCUAUCGCGAUGGUAAUGGCGUUGGAGAGUUUCUGGAACUUCUGCCGGGUUCCAUCUUUGGUGAGCAACCUUUCAGGAUGGGAGAUGAACAGAUCAAUGAUGCCGUUGGUGGAGCCGCACAUUGCGAAGAACCUUCCAUUGUGGGCAUGCUCACCACGGAUGUCUUGGAGGCUGCAUUCGCGGACCGAAUUUAUGGCAAUCCUCGAAUUGCUCAGAAGAUCCGUCACUCCCCGGCGCUUCAGCGCGCAGUUCUGCCAGAACCAGAUCCUGCAAAGCCCAAAGUGGAGUUGGAGCACCUGUCGGCGCAAGAGAAGGCUGAAGUCUUUGAAACGAUUUCGAGUGCUGUCCGAUCAGGGCUGGAUGAGAUGGCAAAACUUGUGGCGGUGCUUCACCUGAUGCCCGGAGAGCCUAUUUUCACCACAGAUUCACUGGACGAAAGCGUAUUCUACAUUGAAGAAGGGAGAGUUGAAGUGAAAGCUGAUGUCACGCUGAUCGAGAAGCCAGAGAGCAGAACUCCCAAACGCACCCGGAUCCAUAUCAUGUUGGAGAGAGCGGAGAAGCUUGCAGGAAAUUCAAUUUUUGACAAGCUGGACCCAUACGUCAUUGUCAAGCUUGGCGAGUACAAGCGAUUUCAGACUCCAGUCCAAUGGAAUACGGGAGUCAAUCCUUUCUUCAACUAUGAUGGAACCCUAACGUUCAAUGGAGAAGAAGAGGUAACUUUCACAGUCAUGGACUACGACAAGUUCACUUCUGAUUCUUUGUGUGGGAGCUGCACCAUUCCUGUGCACACCUUGACUGAUGGAUACAAUGGGAAAGCUGAUCUAUACCGGCCAAAGUCUUCCGUGAACAUGAUGAGCAGCACGGACAGCGAUUUGAUGGAGAAGGCUGGCAAACUCUUCUUUUCAGUGAAGUGGGACUACGAGGCAUUCAACCCACUCAUCCCACCAAAGACAAAGACGUGGCCUGAUCAGGUGCUGUUCAACUUGUUCCAAGACUCGAUCUGGGGCCACGAGCGUCUCAUGCUUCAAAAUGUAUUCAUGAGGGCUCUACAGGGCGCUGCAUCUUCGACGAAAUAUCGUUUGGAGCUGGCGAAUUUCUCCAUCCGAGCCGCUGAGCUCAAAGGAACAGAAGAUCGAUGUGUGGUCAUGAAAAUUGCCAACGACAGGUUCAUAGACUUUAUCAAGAAGAGCCAGCGCGAAAAGGCAUUUUUGCAAGCCUGCCGGUUGCAAGCCUUGGACAAGCAGCAGAUCGUCAAAGGUCUUAUCAUGGACUUGCUCCAAAGAUGGUCAAUUGAAGAGCAAAAUGAGCAACUGCGAAGAGGACUCCUCGGUGACGCUCCAGUUGAAGAAGCGGUGGAUCCAAAUAAGUUCCGCUCCAUGUACAAUGGCGUCAAGGCGCACAUCAGAAUACGUAAUGCUACGAAUCUUACUUCUGGCGGAUGGUUUGACAAGUUGGAUCCGUAUACCAUCGUGCGUUUCCGCGGGAGCAAGGAGGAAGUCCGGACCAGUGUAUUGGCAGAUUCUGGAAGCGAUCCAAUUUGGGACUGCGAAGGUUCCAUGACCUAUCAUGGUGAAGUGGCUCUGGAGAUAUCUGUUUGGGACUUUGACCGGUACAGUGCAGAUAGCCUUUUGGCCACAGGUGUAGUGCAGGUGGAACAGUUCUGCAGCGGCUUUGAUGGCAUGAUACCGCUCAGCAUUGCAGGCAACAAGAGGAAGCGCGCCAAGAAGCAAGCCAUGAUCACAAUAGGAAUUCUCUUCGACCGGCCGCCAGACGCAAUCCUUGAUCAGGACGCGAAAGAGAAUACCUUGGGAAGAACAAGCUAAGCGUGACGGCACCUUCAGCGAAAUUCAGGGCUACCUGAUGUGGCAGUGCCACCCACGCAAAAUCAUGGUACCGACCGUACAAUUCGAGCAGAUUGUUUAAUUGGCGAUCAGUCACAUUCAUGCUUCUGUGCGGGGGCCCCACCAUCUACCUAUGCAUGGAUUUUUAAAGUGCACAAAUUGUCAGCUUGCGAAAAAUGUGAGUGACACCUGCAGCAAGCAGAGCUUUAAGACGAAGCCCUGUGCAGAAUGCUUUGUGCAAUAUUACUGAUACUGUAGUUAGUUAGUGAUGGGCUCGGUGUUGACUGCUGUAAGCCGAUGCUCAGCCAAAUCAGAAAAGGGCCUUAAAAAGGCCAUUGCAGUCCAGGAUUCGAUGAAGCAGGGGUC